UGCCGUUAUGGUCCAGUAACAUUGUCUCAUAAGUUUUACAGUUAAUCUAGCAAUUGUUUUGCAUCUUUUCAUUAAACCUAUUGAUCACGGAAAAACUACGGCUCGAAAGUAAUGUGAAAGCAUUUACAACCAGUAUGUUAGAAAUUUAAACCAAACUGGCAGAAAUCAAUAACACGGAAAAGUGGCUCAUCAAUGAAAAAAAUAGAUGAUAAGUCUUUUUAGAAGCACUUAAAGACCCCUGUGGUGGAAUUUACCUUCUUUGAUGUCAGACGCAAUAUGAAAUAUCGAUGAGUGCUUCUGUGCAGGGUUAAAAUAAUACGCUAGACUGGUCAUAAAUAAAAGAACUUAUAUUGCAAGGACGGUUGGGUUUACGUUAUAAAUUUACAUUUUCCGUUUACGUUAUAAGACGCAUACAAAGCUCUGUGUGAUAGCGACACGUGAGAAAAAAAAACUAUUUUUGUUGAAAAUUACUGAACAUAUUUCUUUGUUAUUAAAUUUAAUUAUAGUCUUAAAAAAUCAUGGAAAGUUUAGACCAGUUUGUGAGUUCGUGACUCAAAUAUUUGCUGUAAAAAGCAGUUCCUUGUGGUUACGUCCUUUCCCCUCCCGUGUUUACUCAAGGGGUUCUAAAUUUGAGCUCUUUUGUUAUAAAGGACCAUGUUUGACGACAUUGCAAAUGAGCUCAACGCUAGAAUGCGCAUCGUCCGAUAUGACUUAUAGCGACGUGGCGUAACGCGAACGAACGGGAAACGUGGCCCAAUUUUGAAUAAAUUGGUAAAUCGCAGCUAUUUGCUAGCUUCUUUAAGAUUGCUAAUCCGCUCUCUCGCUGCGAAAAGUCACGUUUAAUCAAGAUGUCUGGAGUUUGGAAAACCUAUUGUGUUUUGCUGCUAUGUGUUAGCUCUUUAAAAGUGCUUGCAGCGGACAACACAUCUUCUCAAAAGGGCAAAGACGAAGAACAUGAGGACGCCAAAAUGACAGAUGAAGAAGUCACUGAAGAAUUAACGAAAACCAUGAGAACGGUUCUAUCAGAGGCAGAUACAAACAAGGAUGGUAAAAUAUCACUAGACGAGCUGACAGCCUGGACACAGAAAGCUUUGAGAGCUAUUCACAAACGAGAAACUAAAGAUCGACUGGAAAAACUGGACGCGAACAAAGAUGGACUUAUCUCAUGGGAGGAAUUUCAAAUGAGUAAAGAAAACAUAGGAGCCGCAACAGAAGAACAGAAGAAGAUAAGAUUUCGUCACGCAGAUACUGAUAAAGAUGACUUGUUGUCGGAAAAUGAACUCAACUCCAUGUUCCAUGCCCAAGAGAAGCCACACAUGCAUGAUGUGAUUUAUGAGGAAUAUAUGGGGAUUGGAGACGUUGACAAAGAUGGACGUUUAUCAUUAAAGGAGUAUAAAACGAAGAUGUUCAAGGGAAGUAAAGAGAGGGGAAAAGCUGCAGAUACGUUUUUUAACCAGCAAGAUAAGAAUGAAGAUGGUUACCUCGACCGAGAGGAGAUAAAGCUAUGGCUGAGGUCAAUUAACACCGCUUCUAAAGCGAAAACACAAGCGAAACACUUCUUGGACACGGCGGACGAAAACAAGGAUGGCUUCCUGAGUACAGAUGAAAUAAAGAAAAAUACUGAACUGUUUUUAUCUGCCGCUAAAACGGUACGCGAGGGUAAGGAACAAGCUGAAAGCAAACCUCAAGACGGCAGGUGUCCGUUUUCGCACAGACCAGGGAAAAAAGCUAAAGAAGCGAAAAAAGCGAAAGACAAUAAAGAAGCUAAUGAAGAAGCCAGAGAAACUAAAGAAGCUAAUGAAGAAGCUAAAGAAACUAAAGAAGCUAAUGAAGAAGCUAAAGAAACCAAAGAAGUUAAAGAACCUGAAGAUGAGAAGAAAUCGGAAGAUAAGGAUGUUAAAGAUGAGCUGUAAAAAUAAUCAGCAGCUUAGAUCAUCUCUUGGAAGAAGAAUCUGUUUGUAAAUUGUGUUUUGAAAUAUCUCAGUGUCACAUGGUGCUAAAUAAACUACAAAUUUUUCACUUCAA